AGGAAGUGACCCACGUGCGGACGCGUUCACCGACCGCUGCAACCCCGCGUGAGGGUGUUUUACGAGGAUUUGCACUCCAAAAAACUUUUUUUUUUUUUAUAUCACACAUUCGUAAAUAUUGAGUGUUUCCGAGUAACAUCCUAGAGUAUGUAUUCGGAGCUCUCAGUGCGGAAAUUUCUUAAAUGUUCUUCAGAAGACGAUGAGGUCAUUCAACCAGGUUUCAUCAGCCCCAGGCGGGGCAAGCAAAGGUGGUGGAGAAGAGUCCGGGAAGCUGCCGGAGCAGGCAGAGGAGGAAUCCCAGGUUUUGCACGGAACUGGCCACUGUAAGUGGUUCAAUGUGCGAAUGGGAUUUGGAUUCAUCUCCAUGAUAAACCGAGAGGGGAGCCCCUUGGAUAUUCCAGUGGAUGUAUUUGUACACCAAAGCAAACUAUUCAUGGAAGGAUUUAGAAGCCUGAAAGAAGGAGAACCAGUGGAAUUCACAUUUAAAAAAUCUUCCAAAGGCCUUGAAUCGAUACGGGUAACAGGACCUGGUGGGACCCCCUGUUUAGGAAGUGAAAGAAGACCCAAAGGGAAGACACUACAAAAAAGAAAACCAAAGGGAGAUAGGUGGAGACGGCAGGAUUUACUGAUGGAUCAGAAGUGGACUGUGAGAGAAGAAGAGUCCAGGAUGACUCCAAGAUGCUACAACUGUGGUGGCCUUGAUCAUCAUGCAAAGGAAUGUAGUCUACCUCCUCAGCCAAAGAAGUGCCAUUACUGUCAGAGCAUCAUGCACAUGGUGGCAAACUGCCCACACAAAACUGUUGCACAGCUACCCGCCAGUUCUCAGGGAAGACAGGAAGCAGAAUCCCAGCCGUGCACUUCAGCCUCCCCCAGAGAAGGGGGAGGAGGACACGGCUGCGCUCCGCCACUGCUUCCUCAGGAGGCUAGGUCAGAGGGCUCGGAACGGCCAGGCAGGUCACCUCAAGAAGUUUCCUCCGCGAAGGCAUCUGCGGCUCCAGAAGAGCAAAACAAAAAGGGGCCUUCUGUUCAAAAACGAAAAAAGACAUAGUCCUUCUUAACAUACUGUUUUCCCUACCUGGUUGGGAAGUCUACCUCAUGCAAGUACAGGGAAACAGUAUUUCACAGAUAGCAGCUGACCUGGAAUUUUUAACUACUGUUGAGGAACUGUGGAUUUUUUUAAACAGACAAAUCACUCUAAGCAAAUUACAUUUGAGCAAGUUGUCGUGUUUUAUGUAAUUUAGAGAAUGAGGAACUAUAUACAUCAAUAUAUGCUCAUGUGCGAGGGAGGGAGCCUGGCUCUGUGUGCGUGUGUGUGCGGAUUUUACUAGGAAUGUAGACAUAUGUAAAAAGAGGGUUUGUCUUUAUAUAUCUGUGUAUGUGGAUAAGCACACACCCUCCCUCACAUAAUUGAACAUCUCUAAGACCCUGAAAAUCCAUGUGAAGUAUUUAAAAUGGUUUAGAAAAUAAUCCCUUGAAUUUUUCUUACCAUGUCACCUUUUUUAUAGUACAUUUAUAUUUCAUUUCAUAAGAAUGAAAACAUGACUGUUACCUUUUGUGUGAACCAAAGGAAACUUCAAAUCUCAGAGCUGCCAAUCAUAUGGUACUAAAGGUUUUUUAAGACAUCCAGUUUCUACCAAGUUUGGGAUUGCCUCUUUUUCUUGCUCUCUAUGGAGUGGUUUUUUUCUCCCUUUUGAAGGUAAUACCUUAAGCCCAAAUGCCUCUGCCAUAGCUUUUCUGAUUCUGGGAUACACAGCUCCAGAAAAGACAAUGAAUGUGAAAUUUCUGUGCUGACAUUUCAGUGUUUUUAAUUCUAUGUUUUGAUUGUAAAUUACAUGCCUAAUACGAGAA